AUGGAUUCUGUUUAUUUGGUUUCCAGAAACUUCAGUGACAGCAGCCAUGUUUCUCAGGUCGCUCACAAAAUGGUCGAGAUACAGGAGGAUCCUAUUGGAAUUUCUGGGAGUGGUUAUGUACCUGAUGACUUACCCGAUGAACCGGUCAACUUUCAUUUCAAUACAACUAGAAUUACUCCGAAUGUUUCUAUAAUACCAGAAAAUUUCUCUUCCCCUUGUGGUCAACAGUUUGAUAAUUUAACAUGUAAUCUUUUCAAUGGUUUCACUGCCCUAUUUUGCAUUUUGGGCCUGGUGGGAAAUGGAAAGACAAUUUAUCUCCUGGCCUUUUCCAUUAAGAGGAAUCCUUUUACCACGUUCAUCCUGAAUCUCUCCAUCGCUGAUUUUGGGGUCCUCACAUCCCUCAUUACUGCCGCUAUAUUUGUGUCAGUGUCUACUCUGAGUGAAAGAACAUACACUCUCGAUGUCUUUUUCUUCUUACUUUUUGAGUUCUUUUUCUUCACCUAUUCUGCCAGCCAGUUUCUGCUGACGGCCAUCAGCCUGGACAGGUGCGUGGCUGUCCUCUUCCCUCUCUGGCAUCGCUGCCAUCGUCCUCCAUAUUUGCCUACUCUUGUUUGUGUCCUCAUCUGGAUCCUCUCCUUCCUGCUCUCUGCGGUGCACUUCAUUCUCCAUCAGACCAGGACUAUUGGAAAGUCACCUUUGGUUCACCAGCUGAUUGUCAAUGGUUUACUUUGCACACCUCUCAUGGUUGCGUCUACGGUGACUCUCUCAUUUUACAUAAGGUCUAAAAUGCAACGCAAUCAAAGGAAACUUCUCACCACCAUCUUUCUGGCUCUCCUUUGCUUCCUCCUGCUUUCUCUCCCAAUGAAUGUCUUUUAUGCCAUGGAAUAUUUUGAUAGACAUAAUCUCCUCCUCAUGACCAUUGGGAUAGAAUGUGCCAUUCUCAACAGCAGCAUCAACCCACUCCUUUAUUUCUUAGUGGGGAGGAAGAAGAGGGGAAAAGGUCAGCCCAGAGCAUCUUACAAAGUUGCUCUGCAAAGAGUCUUCAAGGAUGAGCAGGGAAGCCUGGAAGAGCAGGCAAACAUGAAGGAAAGCCAGUUGUGAAGAGUCAUAAAUAUUGCAUAUUGCUGUUUAACACAAAAUGUGACCUUUUUGAUCUUGAAAAAUUUCAGACAUAGUAACAUUCAAUUUUAUAAUAUCUUUAUUAUUGAUGAUAAACACAUUAUAUGUUUAAUUAAGGUACAGCAGUUAAUGAUAGUCAUACAAUAAAAAUAAGCAAUCAGGAAACAAUAUCAAUAUAAAUUGUAAGGAUACAAGAAAUGAAGUUACAGUCUUGCACAUGAUAGAUAGAUAGAUAGAUAGAUAGAUAGAUAGAUAAAUA